AUGGUGGUUGGGAAUGCAGGAAUUCUGAGCAAUAGCAGCUGUGGAGAGGCCAUAGACUCUGCCCAGUUUGUGAUCAGGUGCAACAUGCCGCCUCUCGAUGGAGAAUUCACCAAAGAUGUGGGGACAAAGACUAAUAUUGUAACAUGUAAUCCCAGCAUUGUUGUAGAAAAAUAUGACCGUCUUCUGAAGCAGCAACAGCCGUUUGCUGACUACGCUCGUGUCUAUGGUAACGCUAUGCUUCUCCUUCCCACUUUCUCCUACCGCUACACAACAGAGGUGCUUUUACGCGUCUUUUCCACCAUCCAGGACUUUGAGCUGCAAACCCAACCUUUGUCCAUGAACCCCCAUUACCUCAAAAACCUAGAUGAGUUCUGGAGGUCUCACGGCGUAAACCCCAAGAAAAGACUCACCACUGGUUUGAUGAUGACAAGUCUGGCUGUAGAGAUGUGUGACGAUGUGCAUUUGUUCGGAUUUUGGCCAUUUGAUCAGCACCCGCACACAAAACAACCUGUCCCUCAUCAUUACUAUGACAACAAGCUGCCCAAACCGGGGGUUCACUCCAUGCCAGCAGAGUUUGAGUUGUUGCUGCAGAUGCACAAGAAAGGCCUCCUCAAACUUCACCUGGGACAGUGCCCACCUCCGAGGACAUGA